AUGCAAAAAGAGCUUACAAUGGCCACCGCCCAACGCUGUGUCUUUACCGAUCAUACAACAAUUGAAGUAAAAACCAAUGAAGGAACUCCACAAAAAUUCACAUUUGAUCAUGUUUUUAGUGAAGAAGAAGAUCAAAAGAUUGUGUUUGAAAGUGUCGCACUUCCAGUUGUCCAAGAUAUUAUGGAUGGAUAUAAUGCUACUAUUUUUGCAUACGGUCAAACAUCGUCAGGUAAGACAUAUACGAUGGAAGGAGCUAGUAUUGAUCAUCCAGAACUACAGGGUAUUAUCCCACGUACUGCAACAGCGAUCUUCAAUAACGUCAUGAAUGCAGACGAGAAUAUAGAAUUUAUCGUGAAAGUGAGCUACAUUGAGAUCUAUAUGGAGCGCAUUCGCGACCUGCUUGACCCGUACAAGUCCAAGGUGAAUCUUCAAGUUCGUGAGGACGCACAGCGUGGCAUUUUUGUCGAAGGGAUGACAGAAAUGUGUGUAACUAGUGACGACGAGCUGCUGGCUGCUAUGCGAGCAGGUGCUGCUAACCGUGCUGUGGCUGCAACGGGAAUGAAUGAAGGAAGUUCGCGCAGUCAUAGUGUCUUUAUGGUGACGCUGUUCCAGCGCAAUUUGGAAAAUCAGGCCACGAAGGCCGGUAAAUUGUAUCUAGUGGAUCUUGCCGGCUCUGAAAUGGUGCGCAAGACUGGGGCAACAGGUCGUCAGCUUGAAGAAGCUAAGACGAUCAACAAGUCACUCUCGGCGUUGGGGAUGGUCAUUAAUGCUCUUACAGACUCGCAUAUAACCCACGUUCCAUAUCGUGACAGUAAGCUUACUCGAGUACUGCAGGAAUCGAUCGGUGGCAACUCACGCACAGCUUUGAUCAUCAAUGUUUCACCAAGCAGCUUCAAUGCGUCGGAAACAAUCUCUACGCUGCGAUUUGGCAUGCGUGCCAAAUCGAUAAAGAACAAGGCAGUAGUCAACGUACAGCGCAGCGUGGCUGAGUACGAGUCACUACUUGCUGCGGCCGAGAAGAAAAUCGCGAAGCAGAAGACGUAUAUUAUCGCGCUUGAAGCCCGCCUGGCAGGGAAGGAAGCUUCAGACGGAGACGAACAUGCGGCAGCUGCUGUUAGUGCCACAACCUCGAGUGAUGUUGUGGAAAUGAAGCCUGACAAUGAUAUCAAUGCACCCGAUGUAGAGCUGGACGUGUCCGAUACUGCAACUUUAGAAUCAUCGCUCUUGCCUACAGCUCGAGCUGGGCGUGCGCUGGAAGAGUUACAGGAGAAGGUGACCCAGCUUGAAGAAGAGCUAGCUGAGGAGAAACAGGAAUCGAUGCGACGCGGUGAGGAGAUCCGACUACUUACGGCUAAGCUUGGGGAGCAUGCUCAAGCGCUUGAGACGCAGCGCGUGCUGUCGGAGGAGCUACAGCGCGUAAAGGAACUGCAGGAGUCGAUGCUAGAAGAGAAGAUUCGACAACGCGAGACUUUGUACACGGAACUGCGCACAGACUUUGACAGGCUUAACUUUGAUCACAAAGAACUUUUGAUUCACUCGGAGACAAUACAGAGCGAGCACGACGCGUUAUUACAAGAAAUGCCAGCUCGAAUAGCAGCUGGCGGUGGCAAGCUAGCAGCGGCUGCAGAAAAAAUUGCUCAAGCAGACCAGCAGUUUACCAAGGAGAAGGCUCAAGAUUGUGCAAGUGAAGAUGCUGCAGAGGGUCAAGAACAGAAAUCAGGAGAUGAAGCAUCAAAGGAGAAUCGAGACGGCAUGGAGAAGGAGUCGUACCAGAAUUUGAAGGUCAAGUACAUGACUCUCGAAGCCGAGCUUAGAGAGUACGAAAAGGAGUAUCUUGCGCUGAAACAAGCAACAGAUCACGAAAAGGCACGUUUGCAAGAGGACAUAGAUCGUCAAAUAUUACGAAUCCGGAACCUCGAAGCGCAGACUGAUCGUGCUGGUGCAUCGACCGGAGAAGGCGGUUCGACUCCUACUUCUCCAACCGGUAGCACAGCCAGCUCAAGUGUUACGUCGGCGCGUGAACGACAGCAUAUGCGCUCAAUCCAGCAGAAGCUUGAACAACUCGUCGCUGUUCACCGGCAAUUGUUGCGAAAAUACGCGUCACUUGAAUUGGAGCUGUCGGAAGCGAAAAAGAAGCUAGCGCUGCGUGAUGAACGCAUUAAACAAGUGGAAGUCAACAACCGUAUCAUGGCUGGAAACAUGCGAGCACAAGCAGAGAAGCACGUGGAAGAGCUUACACACUUUCGUGACCAGAUAGCAGAUUUUCGUGGUGCUCAGCGUUCGCACUUUGAAGCGCAAUUGAAUCACACGAAUGCUGCUCUUGUGGCUACUAUGGGAAAUACUGAUACUGGUGUGAUUAAAACACUUCGUGGUGGAUCUAUCUACAAUGGCGAUGGCGUAAUCCGACCAAUUCGUGGUGGUGGUCGACGCAAGACACACCUUGGUGAGGCAGCAGUUAUUGGCACAAUAAGGACUUUGGGACCAUCUGUAGGUACUACUGAUGCUGAAGUACCAUCUGCAGGCUUUUUGACCCGUUUAUUUGGCAAAACAAAUUAA